CCAAAUGGAUGGAAAGUUGACAAAGGAGAUUGACCGCUUAAAAAUGUAGUUUGUUUUACUAUAGUCCAUGGGACAGUUAUUUAGUGGUGAAGGCACAGUUAAAAGUUAGUAAGCAAGCUAUUGCAAAAGAAAAGAGAACGAAAAAGCAGUGUUUUGGGUGUGCCAAAGAUGAAGGAAAGAUCAGGGUCACCUGACAGGCUAUUGCGCAUGCCCGAUGAUGUCACGUUUGGCAAGCCCACCACGACACAAGAUGGCGGAGAGUACGAGUGCUGCUGUUGCCAUCAGUCGUUUUGAGGAGCGUAUGGGCAACUUAAAGGAAAGAUGGUAUUUCACAAAGGAAGAACUUGAAAAUUCUCCCUCCCGGAUUAAUGGUGUAGACCCUGCUAAGGAGCUAAGCUACAGGCAACAGUCAGCAAACUUGAUCAAAGAUGUAGGACAUAGGAUUGGAGUGAAUCAGUUGUGUAUCGCCACUGCUGUCGUCUACAUGCAUCGCUUCUUCAUAGUACAUUCCUUCAAGUCCUUCCCCAGAUUUACGGUUGCCACGGCGGCCCUGUUUCUGGCUGCAAAAGUGGAGGAACAGCCUCGUAAACUGGAGCAUGUAGCUCGUGUGUCGCACGCCUGUCAGAACAGAGACUCCAAGCCCCCUGACAGUCACAGUGAUGUGUGCAAGAAGCUAAUGGAGGAGAUUUCCUGUCACGAACUGUUACUGCUGCAAACACUGGGGUUCGAUGUGGCAGUGGAGCACCCUCACCAACAUGUUGUCAAGGGAACCCAGCUAGUCCGAGGUUAUUGCAUACACUUGAGUAAAGAUCUCUCCCAGGCGGCCUACUUCAUGUCCCAGAACAGCCUCCUGUUGACGACCUUCUGCCUUCAGGACCCUCCCACAGUGGUGGCGUGUGUGUGCAUCCACUUAACCUGUCGCUGGAAGGGUAUUGAGAUCCCCCUCUCGGUUGACGGGAAACCUUGGUGGCAGUACAUCGACAAAACAGUCACACUAGAGCAACUCAAUGAUCGUACUGGGGAGUUUCUGGAGAUCUACAAGUUGUGUCCGAAUAAACUGCAGAAGAUAGUCACGGACUCCAUCAAUAGGGGCCAACAAGUACAUGGCAGGGAAAGGAGUUUAGGAGAGUCUUCCACAAGCCACACCUCCAAAUCACCCUUCGACAAACUCAAGGGACCAAUUCCUCACUCAUCUAAAUUACAAAGCACUCAACAUCAAAAACCACAUAAGUCUGGUGCUCAUGUGAUGCCUAGUUCGUCAGGACAGCCUCAAAAACACAGCAGUCACCCUGGCAAACACCAACCCAGCUCUGGACACGGUCAGCACACUGGGGCCACUGCACGUCAUACUCCCAGCACUCUAAACGGAUCACACCCUCAACAAACUACUCAUAACUCAACUCACGAUACUAAAGCCCCAUCACGACCUUCUACAGCAACGGUAGCACGGCCACCAUCGAAACACCACCCUAGCGUGUUAGAAGAGCAUCAAAGACAUAAAUCUAACUCUGGUGUAAAACACUCCAGUUCUGGACCUGUGAAACACCCUCAUCACUCUCAACAUCAGGCUGCCCCAGGGAAUCAUCUGAAUGCUAGCAAGCCCCUGGACGCUGUAACCAAGCACCGGCAACUCUCUGCAGAGCACAAGCAUCGUCCAAUCAGCAACCACGAUGGCCGACCACACAAUCCACUCAAGAGACCACAUCCUGUGGACGCUCAUGAUGUCAAACGGGUCAAACUGGAGGCACUUUCUGGUGGAAACCACCUACCUCCUCUACCAGUCGUCGACACAAACAGCAUAUUGACACUGCCACCAUUACCAACCCAACACAUGGAGCUGCCACCUCUACCACCCCCCUUACCGUCUGAACCUCCUCCAAACUUUCCGUUGGGACUGGAUUUUCCACCCCCACCACCACCCUCAAAUUAACUCUGGCUUAUUUGUUUAUAGGUGUCAAUUUGUCUGUUGUGGACAUUAUUGUGAUUUAUAUAUAUAGGAGUGUAAUUAUUUUGUGCAUAAUUCAAGGCAUGUGCACGUACAUUCUUCGAAAUUUCUAUGUUGUGAUGUGUUUAUUAUUGUCACACCUUUUAUCAGUCAUGUUUAUCUGUUGUGCACGUUAAUUUUGGUAAUCUUAUAAUUUAUACAAUCGCAAUUGAGAAAUUAAGUGUAGGGUCACAAAAAGUUUGUAGUGAUCGAUUUGA